ACGAAUUAAUACAUUACAUUAGUUACAUACAAACAUAUAUACAUAAAUAGAUAAGCUCAUUGCCAUUAUAGUUCUAAUUUGAUCAUCACUAAAAGAAGAAUAAUCGAAGAUGGAAGGCUCAAGAUUUAUGGUGAUUAUGGUAAUGGUUCUUUGCUUCAGCCUCCUCCGAUUCGGCGCAACACGAGAAGACGAAGAGCUGGCGUGCAUGAAAGUCCCCGGCAACGAAGUUACCGAAUGUGUAAAGCUGCUGGCGCGCGGCUACAAGAUAUUUUGCUGCGACGGGCUGGAUGCUGUCGACUACACGUGCCUGUGCACCGCCACCGGGCCUCUGCCGGGCAUCCCAGUUCCUAUUACAUUGAUUAAUAUGGGAGGAUCCUGUGGUUUGGAUCUUCCCCAAGUCUGCUCUCAGGAUGAGGAGACAAGCUAGUUCUACGGAUUCGGAUUGGACUUGCUCUGUCGAAUGCACGCAAUAAUAAUAAUAAUAAUAAUAAUAAUAAUAAUAAUAAUAAUUUCCAAUGUUUCUUGUGUUGUGUUUCUUACACUGUAAUAAAUUCAGUGAUGCACUUGUGGAUUUAUGUUGUAUUUUAUUUGUGGUUGUUGUAUAUGUUUAUUUAUACAUGACUGUUGAGAA